AUGGAGCUGAUGAGUGAACAGAACAAGGGCUCUGUUAAUAUAUUUCUUGAACCUGAUGAAGAGGAGUCAGUUGAACCAAUGAGAAAGAUAAAAGUGAAGAAGACUGCCUCAAAAUCAGACAGACCAGCAAAAAGGAGACAACCUGUGGCCAGUGAUUCUGAUGAGAUGGAGAUAUCAGAUGAAAAAUCUGAUGAGCAAUCUCAAGCUGAUGACAGAAGCCUUAGCCUUGAGGAAAUAAGGCUGAGAGAUGAGGAUGAAAGCUUGAUGCAAUCACUUAGUGACCUCAUCAACAAAAUUGUGAUGGAGAAUCAGCAAGAGCAAAUGGUCACUGCCCAGAAAGAAACUGAAGAUAUUCAGUUCUUCGAAGAAGGACCCUCUAGGAGACAGGGGGAGCUUGAGCAUGAAAAUGUUAUAGAGGCUGAAAGGCCGGAUGAGUAUGAGCAAGAUAAUGCUCAAAAUGUCGAGGAAAAUAACUUUGAACUGGCUGACAUUCAGGAGGAGCAAAUUCAGAGUGCACAAGAGGCAGACCUUUCAGAAGCAAUAUCUGCAGAUUUCCCUCUUGAAGGAGAUGAAUAUGAAAAUGUUCCAUCUAAAGCUCACCAGAAAGGAAAGGAGAAGCAAGUCGAAUCUGCUAACAUUUAG